GAUCCCUCCAUCAGCCACGGCUCCGGGGCACGGCUGGGGGGCUUUGCCGGCAGGAGAAUAAACCUGGGACGGCGGCGACAGCCAGCGCUGGAGAAACACACCCCCCCCCCCCAUGCACCGUGGGGUCAGGGGGCUCAAAAUCCACCCCCGCUGCCUUCCCCACCCCUCCCAGACUUUUUAGGGUCGGGCAAUAGCUUUGCACGGCCUCAACCUGCAGUCCCCACUGCGUUUUCGGGGUGUCUGCUCCCCCGGUACACCCCGGGAGCCACCUUCAGCCUUAAGGGGGGAGGGCAAACCCUGCCUUGGAGCAUCCCUGGGGCCGGAGAGCAGCUCCCCCGCGGCGCCGGCUGCCGGGGAAGGGAUGAAGACGCUAUGGCCAAAUUAUUGGUAAAACUCCAGCGGUAUUUUCGGCGAAAACCGGUGCGUUUCUUCACGCUGCUGGCUCUCUACCUGGCGGCCGGCAGUUUGGUUUUCCUGCACUCGGGUUUCAGCGGGGAGCCCACGGUGACGGGGAGCCAGCGCGGCCCCGGGGCCGGCGAGGGGCCGGGGCUGCCCUACCUGGGGGUGAUGCAGCUGAGCCAAGGCUUCAAGGCGGCGGCGACGAUGCCGGAGGGGGGACGGCGGCACGGACCCUGGUUCAAAAGCACCUCCAAGGAGCCGGCGGAGAGGGGAAAAGCCGGAGACUACAGCAGCACCCGGAGCCGGGCGCUCAGGGGCAGGGGCACCCACGAGAAGGAGGAGGACAGAGCAAGAUACAUCGGCUGCUACGUGGACAACACUCGCCGGCGAACGCUGCGCGGCGUGUCCUUCUUUGACUACAAGAAGAUGACAGUCUUCCGUUGCCAGGACAACUGUGCCGAACGGGGCUACCUCUACGCAGGGCUGGAAUUCGGUGCCGAGUGCUACUGCGGGCACAAGGUCCAGGCGGCAAACGCCAGCGAGUCCGAGUGCAACAUGGAGUGCAAGGGGGAGAGGAGCAACAUCUGCGGCGGGGUCAACCGCCUCUCCAUCUACCGCCUGGAGCUGGCCCAGGAGUCUGCCAGGAGAUAUGGCAGCGCGAUAUUUCGGGGGUGCUUCCACCGGCCGGACAACAUCUCCAUCGCUCUGCCCGUCAGCCAGCUCAUGUUGAACAUGUCGGUGGACAAGUGUGUGGAUUUCUGCACUGAGAAGGAGUACCCGCUGUCGGCCCUGGCCGGGACCACUUGCCGCUGCGGCUUCCCCACCACGCUCUUCACCCUGCACGAGCGCGAGGAUGAGCAGCUCUGCGCCCAGAAAUGCGCCGGCGAGGAGUUCGAGAGCUGCGGCACCGCCGAAUAUCUCCUGGUGUACCAGACCCAAGUGCAAGACAACCGCUGCAUGGACAGGAGGUUUCUCCCCACCCGUGCCAAACAGCUGGUAGCCCUGGCCAGCUUCCCCGGUGCCGGCAACACCUGGGCUCGCCACCUGAUCGAGCUGGCCACCGGCUUCUACACUGGCAGCUACUACUUCGAUGGGUCUCUCUACAACAAAGGGUUCAAGGGUGAGAGAGACCACUGGCGAAGCGGGAGGACGAUUUGCAUUAAAACCCACGAGAGCGGCCAGAAGGAGAUCGAAUCCUUUGAUUCGGCCAUCCUGCUCAUCCGAAACCCCUACAAGGCUCUGAUGGCAGAAUUCAACCGCAAAUACGGCGGACACAUCGGCUUUGCGGCUCACGCCCACUGGAAGGGCAAAGAGUGGCCCGAGUUUGUGGCCAACUACGCGCCGUGGUGGGCCACCCACACCCUCGACUGGCUGCGCUACGGCAAGAAGGUGCUGGUGGUGCACUUUGAGGACCUGAAGCGGGACCUCUUCGUCCAGCUGCAGCGGAUGGUGGGGCUGCUGGGCAUCGCCGCCUGCGAGGACAGGCUGCUCUGCGUCGAGGGACAGAAGGACGGCAACUUCAAGCGCUCCGGCUUGAGAAAAUUAGAGUACGACCCUUACACCCCCGAGAUGAGGAAGAUGAUCAGCGGCUACAUCAAAACGGUGGACACAGCUCUGAAACUCCGCAAUCUGUCAGGGGUCCCGGAUGAUUACUACCCGAGAUGAUGGUGAUGAUGGCGGGGGGAUCUGACCCUGCGUGGUGAGGAAAGGCUCGGUCUUCCCAGCCUCUGCCUAAUUCCACCCAGUGGGUGGUUUUUCUUUGAAGUCUCCAUCUGCUGCUAUUAGCUGUUAAUCACCUCUCCCUGCAUGAGCAACGAAAGGUCCCCAGCCAUCGCCGCUCUUGCUUGGCCGACGAGGACGUGGGGGGAUCCUGCUCCAUCCCGCCCCCGUUUCGGCUGCCGCAGCCCUCCUGGGCAAGGUGACGGGUUAGUCAUGCCCGUCCCUCGGGGCUGGCUGGUGGGGACACUGCGUUGCUCGUGCCUGAUGCACAUCCAACCCCCCCCCCCCCCGCCCCCAUCGCCGGUGCUGGUGCCGGCACGCUGCCGCAGUGCCGCAGGAGCUGAGCUCCCCUGGGGUGGGUAUCCCCAAAAAUUCCCCUCGCUCCUCAGCCAGCCCUGGGAGGUUGUUGCCCAUCCCCAGAUGGAGCCCGUCGGCCUUCCCAAGGGAGUAGGGACCAGGGAAGGGGGGGUUUGGCACCGUGUGGGUGAUGUUCCCGCAGAUCCUGGUCGGAGGUUAUGGAAAUCGGGAAGGCUGCAUUGGGGAGAGUGGUCCUUCCCAAGGAUGUGGCUGUGUCCCCUCUCCGCUCACACUCCCUUGGCUCCGUGGGGACCUUCCCCAAGCCUGGGGACAGGAGGGUCCCCUGGGACAAGGUGUGUGACCCCUGGGGUUGUUCCAGCCCCGCUGUGACAGGGAAGUGGGGGGCCAUGACCUCCCACCCCCGGGCUGUGGGUGGGAGCUACCCCCACACAUGUGGAAGGUGCUCAAAGUGGGGGGAUGUUAUCCCUGGACAGAAAAGCUGACGGGACCCACAAGCUCAUCCAUGCCUCAUUUCAAAAGCUUACGAGCCAGAAGAGCCCCCCGCCCCCCACCCCUGAAGCAAUUUUGGGGUCCAUGAGCAGGGACUGUGCUCCAGCCCAGCCGCGGCAGUGGGGAGCAAAUCCUCGGGCUGAGCUUUUAGGGGUGUUCCCCCCCACCACUCCCAGGCUGAAUCCAGUCCCACAAUUCGGGGGGGAGAGGGGGGGUGUCCACCCCCAGCACCCUCACCCGCUGCCUGCCGACGAGCAAGCGAAACCAAAGGAUCUCCGUGCGCACCGGGAAGCUGCCGUUCGCCGGGCUGGCUUUGUGCAGAGCUGCAUGCGGUCCCCAGCCGUGUCCUCCCCCACCACCACCCGCACCACCCUCCCAGCCCACCCCUGUCCUGGCUUUUUUGCAAACGAGCUCCCUCCCCUCCUUCCAACCCGCGAGUCCCCUUUGGAUGUAGGUGCAAAAGCCAUAUAUUGUACGCAGCCUUUUCUAGAGUUAGGUGUUUAACGAUUGGCUUUUAACUCUUGAUCUUGAUAGAAGUACAUGCACAGGUCAAAAUCUAGAGACACCGCUCAAUCUAUAUUCAAAGAGAGAGGAGAAAACUCCACGGAGAAAAAGGAGAAUUUAAAUAAAAUAUAUUUUUCUAACACGCGUGCGGAGCGGACACAGGCAGUGAUGCCAAGGCUGGGGGGGGCUCUCGGUCCCUGUUUCUUUGCACGGAGGUGGAUGAAUGUGUUUAUAGGGAGCAGCUGCCCUGUUUUUAACUCUUCCCUUGACAAAUGGCUGGAGGUUUUCUAGGAGAGCUGGUGAUCCCUGUCCCAGGAGUGGGAAUCGAGCUGACCCCACGCUCCUUCGCUCAUGGCAGCCCCGGGGCUGCCUACCUCGGUCAGAACAAAUCCUCAGGUCAAUCCAGCUAUUAAAGGAGAGUUUUUGUUGCUAUUCUGCCUUCCCGUGUGUUUGUGGGGCCACCCGAACACCCCGGCAUCCCCCACCCAUCCCAGACCAGGGGCUGGAUGUCCCCCGGGACACGGGAGUGACUGGCGGACCGCUCCUCUCCCCCCACCUUUAAUCAUAUUAAUGUUAUUCCCGCAUCUAAACCUCUGACAACGCAACCAAAGUGGCUCCUUCUUAGGAGUUUAUUUACAUUUGCAGUGUCCUUAAAGACAGGUUUAUUUGGGUGCGUGCUGGGAGAGGGGAGAUUUACUGGGGACUUUAUUCCCCUUGCCUCCCGUCCUUCCUCAGCUCUGGAGCGAGAAAGGUCUCAGUGCAAUUUAUUCCUUUUCUCUUGUCUAAUUGCCGUCUUAUCUGGAGUUGGUGAAAUCCCUUUAUUUUUUUUUUUUUUUUAAUAGUGUUGUGUUUGCAGCAAUCGAGACGUGUGCUGGGCAUGAGUUGUUCUGACAGGCAUCGUCUGAGGAAGGGGCAGCGUUCCCUUCUGCCCCUUGGAAGUGAUUAAACCCCCAAAAAAGCCAAUUAAUCUCCAAGAUAAAGCAAUGAAGAGAUGCCAUCGCGUGCAGGCAACGUGCUCUGAGUCCUGGGCUGCAGCUUGUAAGGUGGAAGGGGGAGGCAUGGGGAGUGGGGAGGGGUGUUCCCCCCAGCACGGGGACCCCCAGGCUUGGGACGCCCCCCACCCACACAGCUCGGGGGGAAUUGCUACCCCCACCAAACCCCUUCAGAGCCGACAGCGAAAGGACAGAGGGAACUCCCUGAGCAUCAGCAGUAUCAGCUUCUUUUUUUUUUCCCCGCCUGUGGCUUUAAGGUCCACUGAAACUUAAUGCUUUUAUUUCACCACAAUUGCUUUAUGGUUUUAUUUUUAUUUAUUUUUUUUUAAAUUUUCUUUUGCAAUGAAAUGGACCAAUUGGAUGUCACUGCCUCCCCGUAAGUGUGUGCUGCACAUCUGGCUGCGCACGCACACACGCGCGCUCCCAGCUUAGGAGGGGCCGUGCUGUUGCGGGAACUCUCAAAUAAAUAAAUAACAAUAAAAAUAAAAUUUAUUUUUAAGCACAAUUAACCAACAGUCCACAAAUAUACAAACAGCAGGUUCAAAUGUCUGUGAGAUGAGAACAAAACCGUCUCCUCCCACCCCACCGGCCUGCUCUCCCCUCACACACAGCCAAGCCACAAGCAGAAGCUGAAGGUUUAUGGUUUGUUUUAUUUUAUUUGUAUUUAUUUAUUAAAUGCCAGGCUGUAUUUUUACCACAUGGGACUGGCAUGCAAUAAUAAAAUUUAUAUUCCCCCUGGAGAGAAAAGCCAACCAUCUUUUCUGCAUCAUUUUCAUGUGCAAAGCUCUUGACAUUUAAUAGCCGCCCUGCUCAGCUGCCUCCGUAAUGCCAUUAGCCUGGCUCGUUGGAGAGCACUGAAAUGUGCAGGCGGGGUAGGCAAGGCUCAGCCUUUCCACGAUGAUUUUUAAAAGCAGCGAAUCUUUCCGCAUGACUCAGCCUGGGCGAGCCCCAAGCAUCCCCGGGCGGGAGCAGCCGUGGGGCUGGGGGCUGCUGGGGGUGACCUUGACCACCUUCCCCAGCUUCCUGCACUAAAAAUCAUCUAUUUUCUGUAAUCUCUCCUCCCCGGGAGUGUUUUCCUGCCUCCCCGGUCCUGCGCUGAUGGAGGCUGCAGCAUCUUCCCUCCUGGGCUGGAUGGGUUACUCAGUCGUUGCCUUAGCAACAGCAUCUGCACCAAAACUCCCUGCAUUUCCCCCAAUUCUGUGUGGGUUUCGUGCUCAGCAGGCUGGCCCCUGCGAUGGAGGAGAUGAUGCUGGACAAGAUGAUGCCAGAGAAUGGCUCAGUCCAGGGAUCCCUUUCCCAGCCAAGGCAGCCAAUACCCCUUUGGGGUGAAUUCAGGGGGGUUCUGGGCAAUGAUCCUAGGGAUGCAAAUGAUGCUGGAGGGGGCUCAGAGCAGGUCAGAGGGAAGGGGCUGCCCUUCCUCCCAAAUUAAAUCCCACACGAAGUUUCUGCUGCUCUUUAAAUGAGAGGGAAAUCACCCACCUCAGCGGCAUAAUGCAGAAGCUGCGACAGCACUUUCACAAAAGCUCUGUAAUGUAGGGGAGAAGUGAGUUAUAAAUCUGAGUGGCAGUAAUAUUCAUCCCUGACAAAAGAAGCAUGUUUAUUUAUCGGCUUUACUAUUUUCUGUAAAAUUUACAGUUGACAAUCUGCCUGAAUGCAGCAAAGAUAAUUUAAACAUGGCUCCAGCCCGCCUGGCAUCGAGGAAAGGGAAAGGGGAACAUGUUUAUUUUUUUUUCUUAAUUCCAAUUCCAAAUAAAGGCAGUGAUUUAUUGGA